AUGUUUCUUCUGAUCGUAGGUGAGGAGACACUAUCACCAUCAACGUCAGCAUCACCAUCACCAUCACCAUUAUCGGCACCAAUAACACCACUACAACCACCACCACCUGUACCACCGAGACGAAGAAGAAGAAAAAAAAAUAUAAACGCGGAAACUUCAGAUAAGGAAGUCGAAGCUAUUACGAAGUAUAGUAAGGUCGAUCGAAAACGUCUACCCCCACCGCCACCACCUUCUCAAUUACCAAGAAAAAAUAACAUCAACGAGAACGUUGAUAAGAGUAAGAUUAAAACGAGGAUAAUUAUUCAUGAUCCACCGAGUUCGAAGUUUAUUACCAACGAGAACGAUGAUGAGACCUUGAAUGAGAUCUUAAUGUCGGAUAAUUCGAAGGAUAAUAUUAUAAACGAAGAGAUUUCUUUAUGUACGAAGAAAACUUACGACGAGAUAAAAGAAUUUAAACCUGACGACGUGUUUGAUCCUAAGAAUGAAUUACUGACAACAUCGUUGCACUCUGAUGACGUUACGUCAUCGAAAAAAGUCUUCAAUAAGGACAACGUUCUACGACCAUAUAAUGAUAGCGAGUCGAUGAUUGAUGAGAGUCCUGAAAAAGAUUCGUCGUUGAUGGUCGUCCUUAAGAGUCCUAAAAAAAAUCAAUCAACAUACGACGAUAGAAAAGACGAUGAAACUAUAAUAAUCGUACGUUCACCUAGAUACGAUCAAAUGGUAAAGAAAAAGGAAUACAACAAAUAUCCAUCUUUAUUUUUUACCAUCGAUGACCUUCAAGAUGUUAUAACGAAUGAUUCGCAAACAACGUGGCCGUCAAAUGACAAUGAGAUAUUAAAAAAGGAAUUGGCAAAGGUUGAAAAUGAGAUAGAAAGUUUCUUCGAGGAAGAACAAAAUCCAAAGGAUGUCGAUCAUAUUACGAAGGAUCUGUCUUUCUUAACGGAUAAUCAUAUCGAGGAUGUUAACUAUAAGGACAAUGACGACGACAAGGAUGAAAUUUGUUUUCGCGUAACUCCGACGAAUUUUCCUUUUGAAAAAUGUUUAGACAGAUGGAAAACUUCCUUGGAUUAUGAAAAUUCAGAAUUUCGUAACGAUCAAGAUAAUAAUUUUAUUUUCGACGAUUACAUCGACAGAAGUAGCGCGUUAAAUGUCAGACGAUCGAAAAGAUCAUCUCUCUGUUAUGAUAUAUUUCAAGGUAACGAUAUCACCGUAGAACAUACUGCUACCAAAGUGAGAUUCGUAAUAGAGACACCACCAAAUUCCUCGAUGCCAACCAAGGUCGAUGGUGGUCUACGGAAUAUCGAUUUGAUCACGAACGAGGAAGUUCACGAGGAGGAGCAAGGGGGAGAGGAGAAGAAGGAAGAGGAAGAACCGCAACAUCAGAAGCAGCAGCAGCAGCAGCAGCAGCAGCAGCAGUACCCGCACCAGCCUGUAGAAGAUAAUCUCGAAAGAAAUUUGCAGACUUCUGAUAACGCCGAUAUAUUUGGUGAAAUACCAUUUGAUUCCUUAAUUCUAAAUAAUACCAAUCGAAAAUCUGUAGAAAUUUCUUCGACGAUCGAUAAUAAUGUCAUUGAUGAACACGUAAAGGUACGUGAAUCUAAGAUCGAAUCUAAUUUAUCGGAAGAUGUAUUAUCGAGGAAGAUAGAAGUUUCUAACAAGACUAACAACAAGAACAACAACAAAGAUAACAAGAAUAAUUAUGAAAACGAUGAAAACGAUGAUAACGUCAAUUACGAAGUUAAAGAUACUAAUAAAAAUAUUUUCAUUCACGAACAAUCCAAAAGUGAAUCACUUAAUAAUAUUCAAAAGCAAUUUGACAAGAAUGAACGUAGAAAAAUUUUUCUAACGCAAUCGGUUCGUAGUUUUAUGAACGACAGUCCAAUAGAUUGGGACGAAGAAUCCGACGUAUCCAGUAACCAUGAAUUAUCCUACAAAAAUUCAUACGAAGAGAGAAAGAUCGACGAGGAAUCAUUGAAAAUCACGGAUUCAACGAAUUCCGAAAUAAUUAUUAAAGAUGAAUUGAAAACGAUAACUAUGUCAAGCACGUCGGAAUUUAUGAAUGAUCGUAUAAAAUGGAUCGAUUAUGAGACUAUAAUCGAUAAGAAAAAAACCGAUGUACCGGUUAACGUUAGACGCAAUACAUUUUUAGAAACGAUGCUGUCGGAUGUAGAUAAUAGGGAUGAACAAAAUUGGAAUAAUACAACGGGAUAUUGCGAGAUCGUAGAGAUCCAUCCGAAAAACGAUCGAUUCAUUGGGAUCGAUGAGAUAAGUGAAAUGGCGGUACGAAGAAUCCAAGCGGAAAUAAUGGAGAGUCGACAGUUGGACAACGAUAUGAUGAAAAUGUCCAAGUGUCAUGUAAGAGAGAAGUGUGUCAUCGAGAGAUCUGAUGACUCGAGCAAUAUCAAAGAUACAAUUGUAGAAACGAGGAUUAUUAAGAAUAUUAAAGGUUUAUAUAAAAACGAUGAUGAUAGAUUAAAUGACAAAAGGACGAAGGAUAAUAAUAUGAUCGAUCGUUUAGAAAUAAUAGGUAGUAAUAAUGUUGACGAAUCGGCCAUAACGACACCCGUAGCUUUAAGUAACGACCAAUCGUCAGGGCAAGAUACUCUAACGAUAAUCCCCGGUAGCGUUAGGAAUUUCGUUAAGUAUUACGAGAUCCGUCAGGAAACGACGGCCAUCGAAUAUUCUAAAAUUAACGAUAGGAUGACAUUAGUUAGAUCUAAUGACGAAAGUUCGAGAGUAUCGAACAGGAUAAAAAAUUUCGAAUGCGAGGAACGAUCGAUGGCUGCGAGAAGAUACAAUAAUGAUUUCAAAAAGGAGAAUAAAAUCGAUGAAAGGAUCAAUGAAGAUACGGUAACGAUCGAUGAUGAAUCGAUACUCAAUAAUGAGAUUAGUUAUACGAUGAUAGUGAACAAGAUCGUAGAUCCAUUGAAAGAAAUAAAAGGGAAGCGCGAAGUAUUAUCCAGAGCCGAUUACGAGAGAAAUUCAGGUAUUAAUCGAUUCGCUUCCAACGCUGAAAAUAAUACUACACGCCUCGUAUUUUAUUGUACGGUGUGA